UAGAAUAUCACACCAGUAGCAAAGCAACUAAUUGCUCACUUGAGAUCUGCCGCGGUUCCAAUGCAACGGCUGGUUGUAUCAGGCAGCAAGUAACGGAACUUGGACGGAUUUUGGAAGACAAGCGGAUCUUUCCUGCUUUUUUUCUUCAGGAAAAGGAAAAGUCGAGGAGGAGGCGGGGUUUCGGUCCAAAGUUUCGGAGGGGAGCAAAGGGGAGAAUAUCAACUUAUGAAGAGAGAAAUAUCGGAAUUGUCCAGAACUGCUGCUCACUGGAUUUUUUAUUUAUGUUUUUUUUUUCCAUCAUUCUUUGCAAACUCUCGAGACUAGUGUGCAUGAAAAUCCCAGGAGAUCAGCAGUUUCUGAGAUACUCAAACCACCCCGUCUGCCACCAACAAUCUUUCCACGGCUCUUGGGAGAGGAAGCGUGACCCCAGAAGACCCUCCCCCCCCCAAGUGCAGCCGCCAUGUCCAUGUACCUGAGGCACUUCACAGCAGUGGGGGAUGAUUAUGAGAACAUCACCAACUGGCAGGAGGAGGAGGAGCCGGAGGCCAGUGACACGCCGGGCCAAACCGGCGAGCAGAGCGUCGAACCCGCGACCUUCCGGGACUCCCUGCGGAAGCUCUUCAGCUGUAACAAGUUCCAGAUCGCCGUGGUUGUCCUGGUGAUCCUGGACGCUGCGUUCGUGCUGUGUGAGCUGAUCAUAGAUCUGUCCAUCAUCAAGGCGGAUAAAGGGAUGAUCGCUCCUCAGGUGUUUCACUACCUGAGCCUGGUCAUCCUCACCUUCUUCAUGGUGGAGCUGGCAGGGAAACUGUACGCCUACCGCCUGGAGUUCUUCCGCCACAAGUUUGAGGUGUUUGACGCGGUGGUGGUGGUGGUGUCCUUCGUGCUGGACCUGGUGUACGUGUCGAGCGAAGGCUCCUUCGACGGCAUGGGCCUCCUGAUCCUGCUCAGGCUGUGGAGGGUGGCCAGGAUCGUCAACGGCAUCCUGAUCCCAGUGAAGAACCGUGCAGAUCAUAAAGUUCAGAAACUUAAGGAGAGCAACAGUGAGCUGACCCAGCAGGUCAGCAGCCUCAAAGAGCUCAACUCCAAAAUGGAGCAGGAAAACAGCCGGCUGAGUGCUCUGUUACGCCAGCACGCCAUCGACUUCUGAUGCCCUGCAAAGGAGGGUUUUCAUCCUCCGUCUUACUCCUGGGAAGAAUUCCCUAAACGCUGAAGCUACGUCCCCAAAUCCACCUUUUUGCUUAUAAAGACUGCUUUGAGCGAAACCGUGACUGCUGUCGUGGGAAGAAAGGUGGAGUCAUGUCUGUCGAUCAUCCGCGCGGCGCAGAUGAUCUAAAAUGACAGAUGGUUGCACAGAAGGGCAAAACUUGCCACCCUCACUGUCUAGUUCAAAUAUACCAUGGGCCUCAUGCAAGAACAUUUUCGUAUUAUCACAAAUUUAUCUUACUUUUUCCCAAAUUAAGGGCUCGUACGAGUGUGCCACGUCGGGAUUCAACAAGCGCACCUAGCUUCAGACAACUGUCCUAAAUUAAGAUGUUAUUAUAAUUCAGUAUAUAUACAGUACUGUGCUGUAGCUGGGUUCCAACAGAUGGAUAGCCAAUGGGAUUAACAAGAACAAGAACAGUGGACAACCGAUACCUGAUUGGGUAGGCUGCGGUUCCUUCGUUUUUGGCGUAAAAAACAUAAUAUGGCGGACCACUGAUAAACUUUGUUUUUUUUUCUCCUUCACGUGCCACUAAAAUACACUUCUGAAAACAUUUGAGGGGAGAAAGUUGAAUCACAUUUGAUCUGCAAUGCCUAGUUUGAAAGUUUGUUCGGCGUGCCAAAGGAGCUGUGCUGACUUCCACAGCUAGGCUCUUGUUUACAUGACUCGUACGACAGUUCGGGACCACUCAUAAAUGUUGUUCCUACCUUAGAAAUCUAAAUAAUAGAAAAUUGGUGAAUGCAGAAAGUUCUCAAAUUGCUUAAAUCUCUUAAUCAAGUCAUUUAAGAACGAAUCUGUACAAGUGGCUCUUGCAUGAGGCCCAUUGUACAUUGAUUUUCCAGUAACCCACUUUUAAAACAAGAUUAUUGUGUGGAUUUUGUCCAAGUCUUUCCAAGGAAAUCUGUCAAAUGUGAAAGCCAUUUUUAAUCAUUUCCAGUGUCCAGUAAUCUUAUUACUGGGGGAGGUUGUGUAGAUACGCAUACAAUUUCCUAAAAAAAUUCAAGUAUCAACUGUGAUUACUGCAUAUUGCUAUUUUUUAUGAAAAUCCAUAUUUCAGUGCGCUUGUGCCUUAAUUUACAUUUUAAAGGGAACUGUGUAUAUAACGCCUCCCAACAGAUCUGAGAAUAAAAACAUGAGCUAUGA